UACGAACAGAAUUGAAGGAAAAAAAAAAAUGGAGAAGACCUUAAUUGGUUUGAUGUUCAUCGCUUUUAUCACAGCGGGUGCUACUGCUCAAAGUGCCACUAAUGUGAGAGCUACUUACCAUUUCUACUAUCCUGCGGAGCACAACUGGGAUUUGAAUGCUGUGGGUGCCUACUGCGCAACAUGGGAUGCGGAUAAGCCCCUGGCAUGGCGCAAGAAGUAUGGAUGGACUGCCUUCUGUGGGCCUGUUGGUCCUCAUGGACAAGCUGCUUGUGGAAAGUGUUUACUGGUGACUAACACAGCAACUGGAGCUCAAGUAACCGUAAGAAUCAUUGAUCAGUGCAGCAAUGGGGGUCUGGAUCUGGAUGCUAACGUGUUCAAUCAGCUUGACACGAACGGCAGUGGCCAUGCUCAGGGACACCUUAUUGUGGAUUACAAGUUUGUGAACUGCGGUGACUGAAUUUUCAAUAUAUAUAUAUAUAAGGUUAAAUGUCAUUUUUAGUCCUAAAAUUUUUAAUUUUAAAUAGUUUUAGUUUUUAAAUUUUAUGUUUUACUUUUUUCAUCUUUUAAUUAGUUAGUUUGUUAAAUUUGUCCAUAUAUACACAGUUUUAGUCUAUAAAUUAUAAGUUUAGAG